AUGAACCUUUUCAACUUUUUAUACCAAGAUUACCCUCCCCCAAACCCUCCAGAAGCCGAAGAUAUUGUCAGCUUAAUGAGAGAAGGACUGUACGUGUCUCAGGACAAUGUCAUUGUGCAGGAAAGUUGCUUGACGAUGCGUCCCGACCCACAGGAAUACCAGACGCACUGCUAUGACCGUCAUUUUGCUCUUUCCGGCCCCGGUUGGGAAGGGAAUUUAGUGGUCACGACACUUAGACUCCCUAUUGUAACAAACUUCCGUGUCGAGCAUCUCUCAGCAGAUAAAGUAUUUCGCUGUGAGGCCCGGGAGUCGUCUAAAGAAGAAACCCGGGCAUAUCACUUCUUGAUAGAUGGCGAGGAAGAAAACGCAAAUUACAUUUUGGACGACACUCCUUUGGAAGGCUUAUGGCCGUGGCCUCGUAAGGACCACAUCACUCAAGGAAUGGAAAAGGGAUGGGAACAGCUGGGAACUGAGGAAGGCGAGACAGUUGACCUGCUCGAAUAG